AUGCCUUCGCGCACAAUUGCUACCCCCGCCAUGCCGCAUACCUCUCCUUUAUUCUCACCGUCCUUUCAAAUCAUCGUCGUUCCCCCGGAAGAAGAUCUGGAGCCAGAACAGGUCGUCUUUCAUACAGACUCGCUUCCUGAGCCAGAUCUUGCGACGUCUCCGGACUUUGCGUCUCUUGACCAGGCGCUCGCACGUAUCAAAGGGACUGAUCCCACCCCGUCCACAUCCCGCGGCAAGAUGAACGAAGAAAUUCAAGAGGCUUUGCGAGAGGGCGAUUCGGAGAUUGUCGAGGUCGUCAAAGUGAGGCGAACAUUUUCGCCUGACGCGGAAUCUGCUCCUCCGCUUCCUGAAACGAAGACAAAGACGAAAUCAUUGCGGUCGCGCGCUGGCAGCGCGUUCCGCUCGAUCAAGAACCUUGCCCGUGCUACCUCUCGCAGUGCUACUACUGCUGCCAGCGCCGACAGCAGACCUUACACGCAGGAGGUUUUCGCGUUCAGUCAGAGUACCCAGGCCACUUUUGCGACGGCGCCCCUGCCCUCUGCGCCGCCCCUCUCUCGUCGCGGAUCGGUCAUACUCUCCAAUCUAUUCCGCAACCCAUCACGCACCAGCGACUCAGUCAUCGCGACGUCCUCUACGUCGGACUUCCAGCGCAUGCGCUACUCCGCGGACUUUGAAGACGAUGAAGACGAGCUCGAGGAGCCCAUUUCGAGAGCCCCCUCUCCGUCUCCUUCUAUGCAAACUUUCACGUCUACUGUGCGUCGCCGACUGUCGAUUCUGUCGUUCCAGCGGAAAGCGCCUCCUCGACCCGUUUCUCCUCCAUCCCUAUCCCGAGGCUCCACAGACCCAUCCACUUCGUCCGCUCCUCAGACACCGACCGAGGAGACGCAUCCUCAACCUUCAGCUGAACGUUUCAGCAAAGAAGUUGCUCCAUUGGAGGAAGAAGAUCCGGAUCGCACGAUCGGAGAGAUGCGACUGGAUUCGUUUCACUUCGAUGGUCUUUCGUUUGAUGCCGAACAGUUUUAG